AUGAAACUCUAUGAGGACUUCGGUAAAAAGUAUGUAAUUAGUCUGUUACCAUGUGGUUUCUAAAUAAAUUACAGACAACUAGCGUAAAAUAAAGCAUUACUAGGACUUUGACAUCUUCUCUCCUUGUAUUAAAUUACAGUUGAAAAAAUGUGCUAAGAAGGUUGUAACAAUCAUAAACGUUUCAUGAAACUGUCACGCCCUGACUCAAGGGACUCGUAUUUGUUGAGUCAGGGUGUGUAUUUUUGUGUUGUGUUUUGCUAUGUUGAUUUUCUAUGUUUAGAUCUAGUAUGUGUAGAUCUAUGUUGGCCGGUGUGGUUCCCAAUCAGAGGCAGCUGUAGCUCGUUGUCUCUGAUUGGGGACCAUACUUAGGCGACCUAUUGGCACUAGUGGGUUGUGGGAUCUUGUUCCGUGUUAUGGUAUGUUUGGGUGCUACCUUGGACUUCACGUUUCGUUUGUUGUUUUUGUUGUGUGUUUAUUCGUUUAAAUAAACAUGUAUGCUUAUCACGCUGCGCCUUGGUCUGACCCGUGUGUAAACGAAUGUGACAGAAGAUCCCACCAAACGAGGACCAAGCAGCGUGCCCAGGAAGAGCGUAUAGCGAUGUCACAGGUGGGCAAAUGGUGGUCAUGGGAGGAGAUAUUUGCGGGGAAAGGGCCAUGGGCGAAGGUAAAUGCCCAGGCAGGAGAGGAGAAACGGCGCCAACCGUGCCGACGACGGACACCCGAGAGGCAACCCCAAGAACAUAUUUUUUUGGGGGGGGCACACGGUGUGGACGACGAGGCAGCAGGAGGCAGCGACAGGGCGGAUCUGCAGGUUAGGAGAGGAGGCCACCAGGUUACGGGGGCUAUUGGUUCAGAGGGAGCAGGAGUUAUACGGUCAGAGGGAGGAGCUACAGGAGGCUAAAAGGGAGAAGGAAGGUGUAGAGGCACGGCGAGAGGAGCUGGUUAGGCAGAAGAAGGAGCGGGGGUUUAUAAAGGAACCCAGUCCCGCUCCUCCCACCAAGCAAGUGGUGCGUGUCGCCAGUCCGGUCCUGCCCGUUCCUGCUCUCCGCACUAAGCCAGUGGUGUGUGUUCCCAGUACGGCCCGACCCGUUCGUGCUCCCCGCACUAAGCCAGUGGUGUGUGUUCCCAGUACGGUCCGGCCCGUUCCUGCUCCUCGCAUCAAGCCAGUGGUGCGCGUUGCCAGCCUGGUCUGUUCCUGUCCCUCGCACCAAGCCAGUGGUGUGCGUCGCCAGCCCAGUCCGGCCUGUUCCUAUCCCUCGCACCAAACCAGUGGUGCGCGUCACCAGCCCGGCCCGGCCUGUUCCUGCCCCUCGCACCAAGCCAGUGGUGUGCGUCGCCAGCCCGGCCCGGCCUGUUGCUGUCCCUCGCACCAAGCCAGUGGUGCGCGUCGCCAGCCCGGCCCGGCCUGUUCCUGUCCCUCGCACCAAGCCAGUGGUGCGCUUCACCAGCCCGGCCUGGCCUGUUCCUGCCUCUCGCACCAAGCCAGUGGUGCGCGUUCGCCAGCCCGGCCCGGCCCCUUCCUGCUCCCCGCACCAAGCCAGUGGUGCGUGUGUCCAGUCCGGCAUGGCCCGUGCCUGUUCCACCGGUGCCUGGUCCGGCACCGGUCAGCUGCUCCACUCUGGAGCCAGAGCAAUCCGCUCCACUAGGGUCCAGUCCAGCUACGGUCAGCGGCUCUACUCCGGAGCCAGAGCAAUCCGCUCCACCGGGAUCCGGUCCAACUCCGGUCAGCGGAUCCACUCCGGAGCCAGAGCAAUCCGCUCCACCAGGGUCCAGUCCAGCUCCGGUCAGCCGCUCCACUCCGGAGCCAGAGCAGUCGGCUCCACCGGUGCCUGAUCCAGCUCCGGUCAGCGGCUCCACUCCGGAGCCAGAGCAGUUCGAUUCACCGUCGUCGGGUCCAGCUCCAGUCAGCGGUUCCAGUCCAGACCCAGACGUCAGCCCCUCUCCAGGUUCGGGGUCUCCCACACCAGGGUCCAGACAGUGCUUGGUACGUCGUGGGAGGAAGGAGAGGGGAAGCAGCGCGCCGAGGUCCAGACCAGACCAGGGGCGCAGUAGGGAGGUGGAGAGUAAGUGGUGGUCACCCGGCCCCUACCCUGUUAUGUUUAUGUGGCGUGGUCGGAGUCCGCACCUUUAGGGGGGGGGGGGGGGGGGGGGGGGGGGGGGGGGGGGGGGGGGGGUACUGUCACGCCCUGACUCAAGGGACUCGUAUUUGUUGAGUCAGGGUGUGUAUUUUUGUGUUGUGUUUUGCUAUGUUGAUUUUCUAUGUUUAGAUCUAGUAUGUGUAGAUCUAUGUUGGCCGGUGUGGUUCCCAAUCAGAGGCAGCUGUAGCUCGUUGUCUCUGAUUGGGGACAAUACUUAGGCAGCCUAUUGGCACUAGUGGGUUGUGGGAUCUUGUUCCGUGUUAUGGUAUGUUUGGGUGCUACCUUGGACUUCACGUUUCGUUUGUUGUUUUUGUCGUGUGUUUAUUCGUUUAAAUAAACAUGUAUGCUUAUCACGCUGCGCCUUGGUCUGACCCGUGUGUAAACGAACGUGACAGAAACGGUCAUGUCAGAUGUUAUGAAUGCCUAUGUAUUCCCCUUACACAGCUGGUAAUGGGAUGUGUAGUUAUUAUUAUAACACUAUUUAUCAGAUUAUUCGAUACUCUCUCUGUGCUCCAGACCUGUGGACACAGACAAGGGGACCAGAGAAAGAAAUGAAAGAGGACAGACCCUGGUGUUGUGGUUGAUUCAUCGAGGCAGUGGAGGCAGGACGUGGGUCCUCAUCUGCACAGCUCUACUCUUCUCUCUGACAGAGAGAGCAACAUGUCAAAGUAGGGUCCCUUUCAUCAUUAAAGUAUUGUUAAUAUUGAAAUCAUUAGUAGUUGUAAAGAUGUGGUAUUCGUAGUGGUAUGGCAAUUAAAACCCAUUUUCAUCUAAACUGAUACUGUAUCAUCAAAAAUGCUAUGGACGAGUGAAGUAAUAUCCAAAUGCUUCCUGCAUUACUCAUGACUCUAUUAAUUUAAUAAUAAUAAGUAAUAUGCCAUUUAGCAGACGCUGUUAUCCAAAGCGACUUACAGUCAUGCGUGCAUACAUUUUUUUGUGUAUGGGUGGCCCCAGGGAUCGAACCCACUACCUUGGCGUUACAAGCGCCGUGCUCUACCAGCUGAGCUAAGGCCCCUCCAGCAGCAUCUCCAGCAGCUGCAAACACAUAGAGCAUCACCUUUAGCCCAGAGAAAAUAACAGCACAGACUGGCCUAUGUGCUGUUAUUUCAUGUACUUUCACUCACCCUGAUCACGUCAAGCUUAGAACAACAAUAUGGUUCAAAUGCCAUACAAAUGGCAAAUGUGAUAAAGGUAAAGACAUCGUUUUUCACUACAAUUCUUUUUUUCUUUUCAGACAAGUUGAGGCAGAGGGCUGUCGAGCUGUCUGGGAUUGCUUGGGCUCCCUCUAGUGAACAUUACUACUAUUACGACCACCAAGCUGAAGAAUCAGACAUUUUCUGUCUUGGCUACUUUUCCCUCAUUUUGCAAUUCAAGGUGAUACUCAGUCAUUUCUAACAUCUUUUUACACACAAUCUUCUUGACAUAUGUCAUUGUUGCCUGAAAUAAAAGCAACAUAGGUUCAUUAGAAUAUGUUUAAAACCAUUGCGGUUAUAUGUUGUUAGCGGUUGAUGUUAUUUUUCAAUAACACAGACCCCAAAGCAAAUCAGGGGGAGAAAAAUAUAUUUAUUCAAAGAGAAUAGUAGUUAUGCUGGGAAGUAGAUGGUAGAUGUUCAUUCUUCCCUGUUCUCAAUGUUUCUCCACAGAACAAAGAGACAGGAUGUAAUUUAUAGCCUCAAGCCUAUUAUGUGGCUGACCAAUUAGAAUUCCUUGCAAUAGAAUUUGGCUACUGACCAAACCCCCAAGUAUCCUGUUGCAGGCUCAAAGUAUAGACCAUUUGGACCAAUGAAAACUUGCCCAUGUAGCUAUGAAUCCCUGGUUGGAACCCCUACAAAGAUUCUAAACAGAUGUUGAACUGAAAAACGACUAUUUCCAUUGAUCGUUAAUUCCCUCUUAACCUCUAGUCCUCUAUUGACCACUAGUCCUCUUGACUAGGGGUCCUCUGUAGCUCAGCUGGUAGAGCAUGCCGCUUGUAACGCCAAGGUAGUGGGUUCAGUCCCCAGGACCACCCAUACACAAACAAAAAAAAGAUGUAUGCACGCAUGACUGUAAAUCGCUUUGGAUUAAAGCGUCUGCUAAAUGGCAUAUUAUAUUAUUGACCACUAGUCCUCUUGACCACUUGUACUCUGCGUUGUGUAUAUUUAGCUUUGAAUAUUCUUACAAUGUCACCACUACUGACAUUAGUUAUAUGUCACAACAGGUGAUAUUUUACUUAUGUCACUAUAAUGGCAUAUUCAAUAUAUAUCACAUAGCAUGGGGCUCCAUUGGUCCAGAACAGAAUGGUAAAGUGUGAAGUAGUUGAUGUGUAAUUGAUGUCUGAUGUCUGUUGCAGAGGUCUCUGGUUCAGGGUUAAAUAGACACCGUGUGGUGUUUGGAGCUGCUUCUGCCGCUGUUGCUAAUCAUCAAAGGUAAAACUUAUGUUUCUUAUUCCCUCUUGUCAGUGUGAAUAACUACUCAAUUACACCACAAUAACUCAGACUGUGGAAAUUCCCUUCAAGACUACAGAUGUAAUACUAGAAAUGCAGUAAUCUAGAUAUGCAAUUGCAAUGUAAAACUGAUUUGGUGGUUUUACUGCAUUGACCCAAUUGAUUUUAGAGUGUGUCAAACUUACAGCAAACAAUACUAAAGCAAAAGGGUACAGAGUAGACACAGGGUCCAACUGGCACACAUGGCUCAACCUUGUCCCUCUCACUUAAACAGUGGUGCCAGUGGUAAGAGUGAGACAUAUGCUUCCUCCACAUAGGGUCUCUGCUCUUACCAGCUCACCCAGGGAGAACCUCAUGAUAUCAUCCUCUGUUCUCUCUCUCGCUUUGUCUCUCUCUGUUCAUCUUUUCUCAGUGAUUCCAUUUGAAACUGUAUAUGUAGUGUAGAUUGAUUGUUCAUUGAUAUACAGUUUCGCUCUCAAUAUCCCCAUUUCCAAUCUCCCCUCCCUCUCCCUCAUUCCCUCUCUCAGAUGUCAGUGGCCAGUGAAAUGUAUGGGUACCAAGGGACAUCUCGGCCAUGACCAAGUCCUGCGUGGUCAUCCCCUUCAGAUUCAUGUUUCCGGCAAUACUGUGGCAUCCACGGCAUCUGGUACUUUUGCCAGCCAUACCCACCUGUGGUGCUCUUCCCACCUGUGGUGUUCAAGACAUUGUGCAUGAAAGUUACAAAGGGCGUACCAAGCUCAUAGGGGACCUGCAGCAGAGGAACUGCACCCUGCUCAUCAGUAAUAUAGGUACAGAGCACUCAGGGAGGUACUACUUCCGUGCCGACCUGGACACGUGCCAACAUCUACACCUACCCAGACUUCUCUGAGCUCAAGGUGCUGGGUAAGCCUGUUUAAAAAAAAUAAAAAAUGUUUACGAUAGUUUACAAUCGUAGGUGUCACAUUUAUGGGCUGGAUAGCCAUAGCCUGGUACCAUAUCUGUUGUGAUGUCUUGCCAACUGCUGUGGACACUGUUUGGCAUUACAUGGCCUGACAAUGACAAUAGGAGUUGGCAAGCACAAAUAGAUCUGCGACCAGGCUAGGAUUGACCUAGCUGUGAUUAUAAUUAUUAUAGUUUUAAUGAGACUAGGUAAAUAUUGUGAAUUGGUGAAUUUUAACUCGUUCACUUAUGUCCUCUCUGUCCCCCAGACCAGCCCAGCAUUGACAUCCCUGAGGAGAUAGUCGCUUACGAGAAACUGGAGUUGACGUGCUAUAAUACACACAAAUGUCCAGAGAAUAGCCCAGAGAUCCAAUGGAUGUACACAGACUACCUGCCUGAACCCGAGAAUACCUCAGACUUCGUGGAAGAGAGCAACACAACCGUACUGACCAGCCCGCUCACCUUCACCCCCAGGGGGUCUACUACCCCAACACCACCCUGGUCUACGAGAGACUCAUCUCUCUGGACGUGAAGUGUAAAUGACCAACUGACCGUUUUCAACGAACCUGUAGGUUGAAUCCUAAAAUUCUGUGAGAAAUGUGUCAUUUGGACACAACAGGGGACACAUUAUGUAAUGUGGGGGAUUGUAUAAAUAUAGAAUAACUAAUCCUGACUACUACACCAAAUGUAAUAGUAGCAGUGUUACAUAUAUUUAUGAUGCACACAUUUUAGAACCAUUGUCAAUAUCUACAGUCAUCCAUUAUUCUCCAUCUACAGUAGAAGGAUAGCAGCUUGAUUUAGCAAUAAAUUGCAUGAUUAUGACAUGCAUAGGGUAUGUUAGCCUGUCAUCCAAACCUGUUUUUCUACGUUUCACCUUUGUUUUUCUUUGAGAAAAUGAUGAGUGCAGCAUUGGGUCUGGUUUAACCAGGUUAUACACUUGUCACUUUUACAAGUCUAACCCCACCUUCCCCUUCCUCUCACCCCAGAUGCCCCUCGCUCGGUGUGGGUGAACGUAUCCACGGAGGUGAUGGAGGGCAGCUCGGUGACGCUGCAAUGUGAGGUGGACAGUAACCCUCCUCCCAGGAUCUCCUGGCUGUUUGGGGACCAGGAUCUGCUGUGGGACACGGCCUCCAAUGCCUCGCUCUCCCUGGAAGACUUAACCCCCGCUCAGGAUGGCAUCUACACCUGCGUGGGGCAUAACGGCAACAGCGUCAUGAAAAAUAGUUACAUUUAACCAUUGUAGUUAUAUGUCAACCAAGCUGACAUUUUAGUUUAUGUGACUUGCGGUGACAUAUUUCUUAUAAGUAGUGACACGAUAUAUAUACUGUAUAAUGACGUAUUAGUAAUGUGAUAAACCUGGCCCAUAGCUUCUUGCUCUUGUUUAUACACAGUACGUUUUAUCGUCUUUAACGUACUCCAUUGUUCAACUCCUUUCAUUCUCCUCAUAUCGCUCUACAUUUUAUCCCUUCUAUGUCCUCCCUGCAGACCCUCCUAGUGAGCCAAUGGCUCCCUGACCAUUUUGGAAGGUUCCUCCAUCUCCCUGCAAUGUAGCACCCAAGGCAAUCCUGCACCCACCCUCACCUGGCUUAAGGACGGGGAGCUGGUGGGCACCAUCACUGCUGAGGAGGUGUCUGUGCUGGAGCUUCUGGAGCUUACCACUCAGGGAGACGGACAGUACCGCUGCCUGGCAGAGAACGAACACGGACGAGACAGCAGCUCACCCCAACAUCACUGUGGAUUGUGAGUGGGUCUUCAAAUCAUGUAAUGUUGUAUCAUAUCGUAUCAUAUCAUAUGGGAGGGUAUCAUAUCAUAUCGUAUUGUACCACACUACGCUACACCACACUACACCAUCCUAUCCCACUCUACAUAUCAGUCAUACCCCUACCUCCACCCUCUCUUCAGACGCCCCUGUCUUUCUGGAAGUGUCCAAGUGCACAGUGGUGAGGGAGGGAGUCCAGUAUGUUUGCAUGGCUACAGGCAACCCUGAGCCCACCAUCGAGUUCUACCUCCCCGACAAGAACAUCACCAUCAACGACACGGACGGGUGCUACAACUACUACACGCACACGGACGGCCACACAUCCACGGGCAUGAUCAAGCUACGGGUGAAGGGUGAGCGUCUGGGCAACAGCGCCGUUAAUGUGCACUGCAGCAACAUGUACGGGUCGGAGAGCUUUCAUCUGGAGUUGCAUCAGGAGAGUAAGUACACAAGUUCAGGUUUAUGGUUAAACAAAGAAACAAAUAGCAUACCAUUAAAAUGCUAAACAUUGUAUAGCCGAGCAUACAUGAGAGACUGAACUGAAAUGAGAAGUGUAGUACCUUUAUAUGAUAUCUAGAUUGACUGUAUAAGUAAGACCACAAACUGGAUAGCCCAUUGGCUUGAUAUGGUAAUGGCAUUAUCUUGAAUGUAAAUAAGUUAUAUUUUAGUACCAUGACCUAGCGAAACAGUAUUUUCUGUUUCUUCACUAUCUUCAAUAUAAUGUUUUUGUCCGAUGUUAGAGAAGUACCUGAUGGCAGUGUUCAUUGGCACCAUCGGUGGAGUGGCUGUCAUCGCCUUCAUCAUCGCAGCAGUGAGAUAUGUGGGCCAUAACAACAAGAAGUGAGUAUCCACCCUUCACUAACUGUGACAGGGGUCGAUGUGAGUUACAGGUAGUCAUUUCCUGUUUGAAUUGACGAUAAGGAAAGACUUCAGCCUAGCCAUCCAUUCUAAAACACCUCUGUGUAUUCAUGAGUGAAUGAUUGAUCGAUGGACGGAUGUGAGAAUCAUGGUCAGAAGUUAUGCUAAUGCCAGAGCGAGUUCAAUUAAUUUGCCGUCAUUAGUCCCCUUUCUGAAAUCCUCUGAGACGGAGAUCCAAAAUGGCUGCCUGGUGGAGUGGUGUUAGCAAGCCAGACUAACCGUAGCCUAUAGUUUGCAGGCUCUUUUCCCUGCUUUGAUACUGCUUUGUAUCCUUGACAUGCUAUACUAACAAUACAGCCACGGUAGCCUACUUAACUAAGGUGCUUCAGCAUUAUAGCAAUACAUCACAUUCUGACAAAAGCUUUUACAGAAUGUUGCUCCAAGAGACGGUGUCAGCUCAACCGCAACUAAACCCUUGAAACAAUAACCACAACCAUGAAUGUCACCCACAACCGUGAACCACAGGCCUGGAGAUUAUUAACUACGUUGAGAAACAGGCCCUUGUUUUAAAAUGGAUGCCCAGGCUUGGAGUGUCGUCCUGAGUUAGUUAGUUAGUGGCCAUGAGACCGAGUCUGAUCUUGUGACUCCACCCCCCAGAGCGAAUGGCAACACUGGGCAGGUCCUGGUGUCUAAACUGGAGAACCCAGUGUUGUACUACAGCAGAGUCAAGAAGGACAAACAAUGUUUGAGGAAGAAAGUGGUGAGACAUGUUGAUGAUGAUGAUAAUGAUGAUAAUGACCAUUCUCUGUCAUGAACCCUGCAUCCUGAGUCGGUUCCUGCCUGUGUUGUCAUUUUCUGCUCGGAAUCUCCAGUUUCCUGAGGGUUCUGGAACGCUCCCUGCCUGGUUGCCGGGCGACGUUGCUAGGCGGGAGCUCUCCUGAUUAACCGCACCUGCAUCCCAUCAGCGAUCUGCACACCUGGUCCUGAUCAUCACCCUUUUUAAACUCUGACCUGACAUCCAUUCCCUGCCGGAUCGUUAGCCAUGAACAGUAUGUUUAUCAGUGUAUCAGCCUUAGAGCUUCUAGCGUUAGUUUUGUUGUUUUGCACCUUGUUGGCUUGCUGUGUACUUACCUCCGUUUUGUUCUAUCUGCAGUCACUCACCCGGAACCUUCACCCAACCCCUGCCUGGUGGUCGGCGGCUGCCGAGCCAUUAUUGGACCUGCCACUGCACCCCCACCAACUCAUCUCCGCCGCCCGCUCUGUUCCCUGGAUUAUUCAGCAUUGCUUUUGAAUCUGUUAAAUAAACACUCACCUUCGUUUCAACUCACCUUGUCCUGGUCUGCUUCUGGGUUCUGGCUUUGUAACCCGUGACAUUCUCAGAUCUGUCUUAGACGGGAGAAUGAUAGCUGACCCGUUGCUGAUGCUGAUACUAUACUAUACCCGUUCAAUUCAUGUCCGUUUUUUGAUAAAUGAUCAAAAACCUAUAUGUCCUCUUAUGUUAAAGAGAAAAUGUAAACUUCCCCAGCCAACUACUGACCUAGCCUGAGAGUCCCAGUACCACUAUAGCUAUCUAUCACAGUACCACUGGAGUAGCUGCGACCAUAGCCUUUCCAAACCACUGUUUUCUACUUCAUCGCUUCUCUGCGUUCUUCUGUCUCUGUUUCUCUUCCCUAACUCUUGCACAGCUUAAGACAGAGCUUCUGGGCUCAAAGUUUACCUCCAUUCUAGAGGAGAGUACG